AUGGGGGAAUCACAGAGUAGCCAGGAUGCUUCCAGGUUCAGAGCUUUGGGCAACGGUGUCUCCGGUGCUGGGCAGGGGAGUGCUGACAGGGGGCUCCACAAUGGGAGCAUUGCUUCUCAGGCUGCCUGGGCUUAUCCGAAUGGUGGGAGAUCAUUGGUUUCUGAGUUUGGGCUGUAUGACACGUCGAGCGUUGGAAGCAAUCAGCAUUUUGGUUUUUCUCACAGUGUCAGUGGUAAUCUGUAUGAUGAGCAGUCCUUGGCGUUUGCUUUUGAGGGCAUGAGUUUCAAUUCCCGCACAACUGAUGUGCCUACCAGUCAUCACAAUGCGCCGCUGACAAAUGGACACUAUCCAUCUGGACGUGUGGAUGGCACUCUGAACCAGCAGCAUGCACCUGCCACACUCCAAGAUGAUUCUCUGGGUCUACAGUUCAGUGUGCAACAUGCUAUGAAGCACACUGAUGUUGAACACCAAGAACAAUCUCACAGAUUUCCACCACAACUGGGGAAAUUUUCAAGAAGCUCUGGGCUGCACAGCUUUGAUAGCAAUCUGGGUGUUCCUUGCCACCCAUCAGCUGCUGCUUCACCCUUCCAACAAAUGUGGCAAUCUCAAAUGUACACACCCCAUGAUCAGAAUAUUGGCUCAAACUUCAUGUGGCAGCAAAAUAUGGGUGCACAACCAUACUCUAUUAUGCAACCGAAUUAUGUCUGUCCACAAUUGCAACAAGUUUCUGGGUUUGGUGCUUCUCGACAUAGGAGCAAUGAUCAGUCUGCAGUUUCCCCCUCUGUAAAAGGACCAUCCUCAUCAUACAUUGGAACACCAAAUGUUCAUUGGCUGGAAAAUGGGUAUUCUUACCUAAACGGUGCUGCUUUUCAGAAAAGAAGAAAUAGCGGCGGUCUGAAUAAUACAUUUGCAGACAGCUUCCCAAGUACAUCUUACACUGGCAGUUCAUGUGGCAGUGGCGAUUUUCGCCAUUUUCAACGGGCUGAAAAGGUUUUCAAUCCAUAUGAACCGCAUCACCAGCAAGCUGAUAACCUCGCUCAUCCAUAUGGCUUAGGUUUCUCACACCAUCAGAUAUCUGAUAAACUCAACACAGCAAGUUACCCAGAAAGGAUGCUAAUGAGGCCCGACGUUGGUAAUUCAGUAAAAGAUUUUGAUUUAUCUCCCUAUGCUCACUUGCUGAACUCACCGUUCUUGUCCUCCAAAUCUGAUACAUAUAAAUCUAUUGACGAAGUGAUGGGAAGCGUAUGCAUCCUGUCAAAGGAUCAAGAUGCCUGUCGCUUUCUGCAAAAAGUAUUAACAGAAGGCACUCAAGAGGACAUUGAUAAAAUAUUUUCUGAAAUAAUUGACAAUGUUGGUGACCUUAUGGUGGAUCCAACUGCUCACUAUUUGGUGCAGAAGAUUCUUGAAGUGUGCACCAAUGACCAAAGGACAUGCAUCAUUCGUGAAAUCACAAAAGCACCCAUAACGCUUCAUAAAGCUUCUUGCAAUAUGCAUGGGACUCGUGUAGUGCAGAAGGUUAUAGACACCAUGAAUACCUCUGACCAAGUGUCAAUGGUGGUGUCCACCUUAAAUGCUGGAAUAAUGCGUUUAAUGACUGAUUCUUAUGGGAGUCAUGUUGCGCUCCAUUGCCUGCAGAAAUUGUUACCUGAGCACAAGGCAUUCCUUAUUGAGGCUGCUGCAUCACGCUAUCUUCAACUAGCAAGAGAUCGUCAUGGCUGUUGUGUCCUCCAGAAAUGUAUUGAGUAUUCAAGUGAUGAACAGAGAAACAACUUGUUGUGCAAGAUUACAUCCAGUGCCCUUGCACUUUCAGAAGAUCAGUAUGGGAACUAUGUUAUUCAGUUUAUUCUGGCCCUCAAUAUUGAAUGGGCAACAACCAGAAUAGUGGAUGAGCUGGCAGGUCACUUUGGAAAUCUAUCCAUGCAGAAGUGUGGUUCCCAUGUUGUGGAGCAUUGCCUGAAGCUAGCACCACGGCUGAUCUGUGAUAGGAUCAUCAACGAACUCAUGCAUGAUCCUAAAUUGCUGCAUAUCAUUCUUGAUCAGUAUGGGAACUUUGUGAUUCAGACAGCACUUAAACAGUGCCAGGGUGAACAGCAUGCUGCUUUUGUUGAAACUAUCAGACCGCACACUGCUGUACUGCAAAGUAAUAUGUAUGGGAAGAGGGUUCUCUCAAGGACAUGCUUGAAGAACAAGCACUGCCGAUUUGGCUUCUAUUAA